CAACUGAUGCCAGCAAAGAGGCUUACAAAGAGGCUAAGAGGCGAAGCUGGGUGUAGGGGGGCUGGCUGCUUGCCUUUCUGCAGAAGAAACACCUCUUUUAGGGAAAUGGUCCACGAGUGCCGGGUGUGAGCCUCCCCGCUCGUCAAGCCGGAGACUGCGGUUGUCAGUGAUCAAUUGAAGAAGCAGGACCCGAAAUUACAGACAUUAGCAAUGAUGUGUGAAGUGAUGCCCACAAUUAAUGAGGACACCCCAAUGAGCCAAAGGGGGUCCCAAAGCAGUGGCUCGGACUCAGACUCCCAUUUUGAGCAGCUGAUGGUGAAUAUGCUAGAUGAAAGGGAUCGUCUUCUAGACACCCUUCGGGAAACCCAAGAAAGCCUCUCACUUGCCCAGCAAAGACUGCAGGAUGUCAUCUAUGACAGAGAUUCGCUCCAGAGACAGCUCAAUUCAGCCCUGCCACAGUUCUGGAGGCUGGGAAGUCCAAGAUCACUGUGCCAGCAGAUUUGGUUCUUGUUUUCCCCAGGAUUCUACAGGCUCUGGAGCGAGUGGGAUGUCCAAGCGGGUCUCAUCCUGUCCACCAGAAGCUCAGGAGGCGGCGGAAAAAUAGUUUUCCCUCAACUCUUUUUAGAUAUCGAAUCCCUAACAGGAGGGCUGACUGGUUCUAAGGGGGCUGAUCCACCGGAAUUUGCUGCACUGACAAAAGAAUUAAAUGCCUGCAGAGAACAACUUCUAGAAAAGGAAGAAGAAAUUUCUGAACUUAAAGCUGAAAGAAACAAUACAAGACUGUUACUGGAGCAUUUGGAGUGCCUUGUGUCACGACAUGAAAGGUCACUAAGAAUGACGGUGGUGAAGCGACAAGCCCAGUCCCCCUCGGGAGUGUCCAGCGAAGUUGAGGUUCUCAAGGCGCUGAAAUCUUUAUUUGAGCACCACAAGGCCUUGGAUGAAAAGGUAAGGGAGCGACUGAGGGUUUCUUUAGAAAGAGUCUCUGCACUGGAAGAAGAACUAGCUGCUGCUAAUCAGGAGAUUGUUGCCUUGCGUGAACAAAAUGUUCAUAUACAAAGAAAAAUGGCAUCAAGUGAGGGAUCCACAGAGUCAGAACAUCUUGAAGGGAUGGAACCUGGCCAGAAAGUCCAUGAAAAGCGUUUGUCCAAUGGUUCUAUAGAUUCAACUGAUGAAACAAGUCAAAUAGUUGAACUACAAGAAUUGCUUGAAAAACAAAACUAUGAAAUGGCCCAAAUGAAAGAACGUUUAGCAGCCCUUUCUUCCCGAGUGGGAGAGGUGGAACAGGAAGCAGAGACAGCAAGAAAGGAUCUCAUUAAAACAGAAGAAAUGAACACUAAGUAUCAAAGGGACAUUAGGGAGGCCAUGGCACAGAAGGAAGAUAUGGAAGAAAGAAUCACGACCCUUGAGAAGCGUUACCUCAGUGCUCAGAGAGAAUCUACCUCCAUACAUGACAUGAAUGACAAACUAGAAAAUGAGUUAGCAAAUAAAGAGGCCAUCCUACGGCAGAUGGAAGAGAAGAAUAGACAGUUACAAGAGCGUCUUGAGCUAGCUGAGCAAAAGUUGCAGCAAACUAUGAGAAAAGCUGAGACCUUACCUGAAGUAGAGGCUGAACUGGCUCAGAGAAUUGCAGCCCUGACAAAGGCUGAAGAAAGACAUGGAAACAUUGAAGAACGUAUGAGGCAUCUAGAAGGUCAACUUGAAGAGAAAAAUCAAGAACUUCAAAGAGCUAGGCAAAGAGAGAAAAUGAAUGAGGAGCACAACAAAAGAUUAUCCGAUACUGUGGAUAGACUUCUGACUGAAUCCAAUGAACGCUUACAGCUACACUUAAAGGAACGAAUGGCUGCUCUAGAAGAGAAGAAUGUUUUAAUUCAAGAAUCAGAAACUUUCAGAAAGAAUCUGGAAGAAUCUUUACAUGACAAGGAAAGAUUAGCAGAAGAAAUUGAAAAGCUGAGAUCUGAACUUGACCAGUUGAAAAUGAGAACUGGCUCUUUAAUUGAACCCACAAUAUCAAGAACUCAUCUAGACACCUCAGCUGAGCUGCGGUAUUCUGUUGGAUCCCUAGUGGACAGCCAGUGUGAUUACAGAACAACUAAAGUAAUAAGAAGACCAAGGAGAGGCCGCAUGGGUGUGAGGAGAGAUGAGCCAAAGGUGAAAUCUCUUGGGGAUCAUGAAUGGAAUAGAACUCAACAAAUUGGAGUGCUAAGCAGCCACCCUUUUGAAAGUGACACAGAAAUGUCUGACAUUGAUGAUGAUGAUAGAGAAACGAUUUUUAGCUCAAUGGAUCUUCUCUCUCCAAGUGGUCAUUCUGAUGCCCAGACCCUAGCCAUGAUGCUUCAGGAACAAUUGGAUGCUAUCAACAAAGAAAUCAGACUAAUUCAGGAAGAGAAAGAAUCUACAGAGUUACGUGCUGAAGAAAUUGAGAAUAGAGUGGCUAGUGUGAGUCUGGAAGGCCUGAAUUUAGCAAGGGUCCACCCAGGUACCUCCAUCACUGCCUCGGUUACAGCUUCUUCGCUGGCCAGUUCAUCUCCCCCCAGUGGACACUCAACACCAAAGCUCACCCCUCGAAGUCCUGCCAGGGAAAUGGAUCGGAUGGGAGUCAUGACACUGCCAAGUGAUCUAAGGAAACAUCGGAGAAAGAUUGCAGUGGUAGAAGAAGAUGGUCGGGAGGAUAAAGCAACAAUUAAAUGUGAAACUUCUCCUCCCCCUACCCCUAGAGCCGUCAGGAUGACUCACACCCUCCCUUCUUCCUACCACAAUGAUGCCCGAAGUAGUUUAACUGCCUCCCUCGAGGCUGAAAGCCUUGGGCUUGGCAGUGCCAACAGCAGCCAAGACUCUCUUCACAAAGCCCCCAAGAAGAAAGGAAUCAAGUCUUCAAUAGGUCGUUUGUUUGGUAAAAAAGAAAAAGCUCGACUUGGGCAGCUCCGAGGCUUUAUGGAGACUGAAGCUGCAGCUCAGGAGUCCCUGGGGUUAGGCAAACUUGGAACUCAAGCUGAGAAGGAUAGAAGACUGAAGAAAAAGCAUGAACUUCUAGAAGAAGCUCGGAGAAAGGGAUUACCUUUUGCGCAGUGGGAUGGGCCCACUGUAGUCGCGUGGUUAGAGCUCUGGUUGGGAAUGCCUGCUUGGUAUGUGGCAGCCUGCCGAGCCAAUGUGAAGAGCGGUGCCAUUAUGUCUGCUUUAUCAGACACUGAGAUCCAGAGAGAAAUUGGAAUCAGCAAUCCUCUGCAUCGCUUAAAGCUCCGAUUAGCAAUCCAGGAGAUGGUUUCCCUAACCAGUCCUUCAGCUCCUCCAACAUCCAGAACUCCUUCAGGCAACGUUUGGGUGACCCAUGAAGAAAUGGAAAAUCUUGCAGCUCCAGCAAAAACGAAAGAAUCUGAGGAAGGAAGCUGGGCCCAGUGUCCGGUUUUCCUACAGACCCUGGCAUAUGGAGAUAUGAACCACGAGUGGAUUGGAAACGAAUGGCUUCCCAGCCUGGGGUUACCUCAAUACAGAAGUUAUUUUAUGGAAUGCUUGGUAGAUGCAAGAAUGUUAGAUCACCUAACAAAAAAAGAUCUCCGUGUCCAUUUAAAAAUGGUGGAUAGUUUCCAUCGAACAAGUUUACAAUAUGGAAUUAUGUGCUUAAAGAGGUUGAAUUAUGACCGAAAAGAACUAGAAAGAAGACGAGAAGCAAGCCAACAUGAAAUAAAAGAUGUGUUGGUGUGGAGCAAUGAUCGAGUUAUUCGCUGGAUACAAGCAAUUGGACUUCGAGAAUAUGCAAAUAAUAUUCUUGAAAGUGGUGUGCAUGGCUCACUUAUAGCCCUGGAUGAGAACUUUGACUACAGCAGCUUAGCUUUAUUACUACAGAUUCCAACACAGAACACCCAGGCAAGGCAGAUUCUCGAAAGGGAAUACAAUAACCUCCUGGCUCUGGGAACUGAACGGCGACUGGAUGAAAGUGAUGACAAGAAUUUCAGGCGUGGGUCGACCUGGAGAAGGCAGUUUCCUCCCCGUGAAGUACACGGAAUCAGCAUGAUGCCUGGGUCCUCAGAAACGUUACCGGCUGGAUUUAGGUUAACCACAACGUCGGGGCAGUCAAGGAAAAUGACAACGGAUGUUCCUUCAUCAAGACUGCAGAGGUUAGACAACUCCACUGUUCGCACAUACUCAUGUUGACCAGCCACUCAAAGGAGGCAGCACUGACUUGCUAUGUCGUCUUUUCAGUCUACUCUACCUAAAGUGCACUACCAUCUAAGAAGAUAAGCAGUGAAAACCUUUGUGAAGACUGAAUUCUAAGGAAAUAAUCACAACUAAUGGUUUAUUAAGCUGAAAAUAUGAUUUUGGGGGGAGUCAGAUAUUAAGUUUGAUUAGUUUACUACAAUUGUAAGAAAAUGCUUAAGUCAUUUGAAUAAUAAGCAUCAUCCACAUCAUAAAUUCUGUACAACAGAUGCUUUUAUGAAAUGGAGCCACUUGUUUUUUCAUGUCUUAUUGUAAUAUACUUGGCAUUUAUGUAUUACUGUGUAUGCAUUUCUUUUUAAAUGUGUAAGUCUUAUGUAAAUGGAUAUAAAUAUGAUUUUUUU